AUGUCAGAUACCAAGCCACAAAAUCGAAUUGGCAUAUCCAACGAAAUUAUUAUGGCGACUUCGUUCCCGUCAUUUCCCCUCCUACCAAAGGAACUACGUCUUACAAUUUGGAACCUGGCCCUGGUACCCCGCAUCGUGGACCUGUGUUUUGAUGCUCUUCACGAGGCAGAUGAAAAUAAGAAUGAAAAAGAGGAUCAGGAUCAGAAGCAGCCCAGUGAUAUUGAAGCUGGAAACGAGAUUGCUGAGCAGGAAGAGGAUCUUAAAAUCAAGCAAGAUAGCCCCUGGGCUGCACGGGAUGACAACGGAAUGAAGGAAGAUAGAGAUGACCAGAUUGACGACAAGGAUAAGGAUAAAGAUAAACAAAAUGAAGAGGGGUCUCUCGAUCUUACCACCGAAGGAGAUACCGUGAACGACGGGGCAGACGACACCUCAGAAACAUCAGAACCCGCCUAUUUCCCGCCGCCCCUCGGACCAGGUCAAUUCUACUCAUCUUCCCCACUCCCAUCUCUCCUACGCGUGAACAGUGAAGCUCGGUCCGUAGCUCUUGCUGCUUCUCUGAAAGGAUUCCCCGUUCCAAGUAAUCAGCAAGACGUUUAUUAUAACCCUGAGAUCGACAUCUUGUUUUUCCCGGCUGGCUGUUGGCAGGAAGACAUUAUAGGAUUUGAGCAGGUGGUUAGUGAGAAGGUGAAGGGGAGUAUUAGGAGAAUUGCUCUAGAAAACCUAAUGUGGAUGUCCUACUGGGAAGACGGGACCAUUAACGGGCAAAUCACCAUUGAGAAAUUCAAAAAUUUGAAGGAAUUCAUCUUCGCUAUGAGGGAGCUAACGCAAUGCGGUUGCUGUGUCAGUUUUGAUGGUCCUGACAGGGGACUCGUGGAGUUUGUGGAUAUCGACACAGCAUCCGAGGCUGAGGAAGCUGAAGCUGAUGCUGAUAGCGAGGUAGAAAUAGACAGGGUUAAUGAUGAGCUUAGAAUGAAGCGUGAGGGGGAUGCGCUUGGGCUGGACGUUGAGGAUGGCCAAACUCCAGAGACGAAGAUUAGAAAAGACAAGAAGGCUGGGAAGUUCGCUUAUACGAAGAGAUAUGUGGACAGACUGAAGGACGAAUUCUUGAAGAUCAAGGAGUCUCAUCCAGAUUGGAACAUCCCGGAAGCAAGAAUUGUAAGGUUGAAGCGAGAUGGAGAGUUUGCUGGAGAUCCUUGA